GAAAUCAGAGGAAAAGAAAGAAACAAAAAAAACAGGGUUUUCAAGGUUACCAGAAAACCUAGUUGCAAACUGAAAAAAUGACGACGAUCUCAGAUCUCCCGAAGGAAUUGGUAAAGGAGAUUAUCUCUCGGGUUCCAAUGAAAUCUAUGAGAGCCGUUCGAUUCACUUGCAAAAAAUGGAACCGUUUAUAUAAAAGUCGGAGCUUUAUAAAGAUGCACGUUGGAGGAAGGGAAAUGAUGAUUGUGAUGAGGGAUUAUAAUCUUUAUUUAAUGAACGUCGACGUCGUCAAUGGAGAUCCAUCUAUAGAGACUCUAGGUAAACUUACUUUCUUACACGAUUCAGAUCAAGUCAAGAUAUCUGAAGUCUUACAUUGUGAGGGUUUAUUGUUAUGCAUCUUGAGUGGAGACAAUAAUACUAGGCUUGUGGUUUGGAAUCCGUAUUGCGGGCAAACAAGGUUGAUCGAACUCAGGUAUUCUUACAUCUCCGUGAAGGAAUGUGACACGUGCAGUUACGCUUUCGGAUACGUGGAGAAGAAGAACAAAUCUUGUCGUAACCACAAAAUCUUGAGGUUUACAGAUAAUGACGGACGUUACAACGAAAGAGACAACUUUAUAUGGUAUGAAAUCUAUAAUUUUGAGUCUGAUUUAUGGACAAACACUCCACACUGGUAUAUAAGGUUUUUUCACCUUGGCGUUUCUCUUAAGGGAAACACUUACUGGUGUGCUUCAGAAAGAAAACCACAAGCAUUAAUAGAUUACAUAAUCUGUUUUGAUUUCACAAGAGAGAGGUUUGGGCCGCUUCUGCGUUUGCCUUUUGACGCUGGGAUUCAUGACGAUGUGACUUUAUCUUGUGUAAGAGAAGAGAAGCUUUCAGUUUUACUUGAGAACGACGUAAGAAAUCCAUAUGUGAUUGAGAUAUGGAUUACAACUAAGAUUGAGGCUAACAAGGUGUCUUGGAGCAAAUUCUUGACAGUAAAUACGGGACCUGAAAUUUUAUUAACAAUUGAGAGUUUCAUCAUUGACGAGGAGAAGAAAGUCGCCUUGGUUUUGGAUGACCACACAUUUUACAUUCUUGGAGAGGCUGGAUACUUAAGAGAAUGGGAUCUCGGAGAACCUGCCCACAAAAAGUGUUCCACACAAAUGUGCUCUUAUGUUCCAAGUUUAGUGCAAAUCAAGCGACCAGCAGGAAGCAAAAAGAAACUACAAAGCAGUUUAGAAAAGCGCCGAUAUGAUCAAAAGAAAUUGAGACUUGUCGCACUUGAUAAGCGAAUCAAAAAGUAAUCUACAUGAAAAUGCAAAAGGAGAAAACGAGACAUAGUCUCAAUUCACAAAGCCUAAUAUAUUUAUGUGUUUCAUUUACUCUUAUUUUCUUUGAAAAAUAUUUA